CAGCUGACUGGAAACGCAGAUUGAUUGUCCACAGAGCGGUAUGUGCUGGUUUGAUUCAGUGCAGGAUGACAACAACUCAACACGAUAUGAUAAUGAAAGAAAAGUGGAUCAACAUUAGUCCAUAACCCUGGGUGUUUGGAUGCUUCCACAAAUUCGAGUCAUCAUGGAGAAAUCCUUGGCAGAGUUAAAUAAACCUGGCUCCCGGUCAACGUCAUCGCUACCACCUGAGCCGGUGGACAUCCUUCGCAACAAGUCAUGUUUCCGCAGGGUCAGGCUGAAUGUCGGGGGUCUCCCACAUGAAGUCCUGUGGCGAACGUUAGAUAGGUUACCAAGAACACGCCUGGGAAAGUUAAGAGACUGCAACACCCAUGAGUCUCUGAUGGAAGUUUGUGACGACUACAACCUAGAUGAGAACGAGUACUUUUUUGAUAGACAUCCAGGUGCAUUCACUUCAAUUCUGAACUUUUAUCGCACGGGUAAGUUGCACAUGAUGGAGGAAAUGUGCGCCCUGUCAUUCAGUCAAGAGCUUGACUACUGGGGCAUCGACGAGAUCUACCUGGAGUCGUGCUGCCAGGCCAGAUACCACCAGAAGAAGGAACAAAUGAACGAGGAACUCAAAAGAGAGGCAGACAAUUUAAAGGACAGAGAGGGGGAAGAAUUUGACAACACAUGUUGUGCUGAAAAACGAAAGAAACUUUGGGAUCUCCUGGAAAAGCCCAGCUCAUCGGUUGCAGCAAAGGUCUUGGCCAUCAUCUCCAUCCUCUUCAUCGUGUUGUCCACAAUUGCCUUGUCUCUGAACACGCUACCAGAGCUGCAAGAAACAGAUGAGUUUGGCCAAUCCACAGACAACCCACAACUGGCCCACAUUGAAGCUGUGUGUAUUGCCUGGUUCACCAUGGAGUACCUUCUCCGUUUCCUCUCCUCUCCCAACAAGUGGAAGUUCUUCAAGGGUCCACUAAACGUCAUUGACCUGUUGGCUAUUCUGCCCUACUAUGUCACAAUCUUUUUGACAGAGUCCAACAAGAGUGUGCUGCAGUUUCAGAAUGUACGCCGUGUGGUUCAGAUUUUCAGGAUCAUGCGUAUCCUGCGUAUCCUGAAGCUGGCUCGUCACUCCACAGGGCUUCAGUCUUUGGGCUUUACCCUUAGAAGGAGCUACAAUGAGCUGGGCUUGCUCAUCCUUUUCCUUGCCAUGGGUAUCAUGAUCUUCUCCAGUCUAGUGUUCUUUGCUGAGAAAGAUGAAGAAGAUACAAAGUUUAAAAGCAUUCCAGCUUCUUUUUGGUGGGCCACUAUUACUAUGACCACAGUAGGCUAUGGAGAUAUCUACCCAAAAACUCUUCUGGGAAAGAUAGUGGGGGGCUUAUGCUGUAUAGCUGGUGUACUGGUGAUUGCCCUACCUAUUCCCAUUAUUGUAAAUAAUUUCUCUGAAUUCUAUAAGGAGCAGAAGAGGCAAGAAAAAGCACUUAAACGAAGGGAGGCUCUAGAGAGGGCCAAGAGAAACGGUAGCAUUGUCUCGAUGAACUUAAAAGAGGCAUUUGCUCGAAGUGCAGAACUGAUGGAUGUAGUGGUAGAGAAGAGUGAAAGGCCUCAUGACAACCAUCUCUCUCCAAGCCGUUGGAAGUGGACCCCCAAGAGAGCUGCAUCAGAGACGAGCUCAAACCGUUCAUUCAAUGCUCACGAGUUAGGCUCUCCCAACAAGACCAGAACUACCAGCCCCCAGAGGUUAAAUGUUCAGAAGCUAGAGGAGAUGUACAACCAGAUGGCCAAGACACAGUCCCAACCCAACCUCAACACUAAAGACAGGGGCUCCAGGGUUGGCAAACAGAGGGAUGAAAUAGAGCUAGGAGCAAUCCAUGACCACGGAGCACCAGUGUUAGGAACCAGAGAAGGAAUUGGGGACAUGAAAAGUUUGUCCAGCAUUGACAGUUAUAUUAGUUGUGCAACAGAAUUCCAGGAGAAUACACGCUUCAGCCAAGGUCCAGCGAUAGAGUUGGGUCUUCAGGAAAGCAGCCGGUUCUCCCAUAAUCCUGUGAUAGCUUUGUCCAGUCAGGCCAGUGCAAAAACAGGCCAGCAAACUUCUGGGGAGCGUGAACCUAUGCUGACGCCAGUGUCAGUUUCAAAACCUUCAUGCUCAGAAAGUGCACGGAAAUUCUUCUUCUCUGGCAACUCCUCGAAAAGCCUUAUCCCUAAAGGAGGUUACCGCAGUGAGGGGGAGUCAGGACCAUCCCCCCUCUCAGACAGCUCAGUUCUGUCAGACCACUCUCUGUUAAGCCCUGAAGCUUCUGUCUACACCACUGCCAGCAGCAGGACCCCACCGAAGUCUCCAGAGAGCACUGCCCUUGCACCCACUGUCUUCACCUUCCACGACUCAUCCAUCAGUAAAUACAUCGACGCAGAUACAGACGACGAUGAACAUCUCCGCGAUGUGUCUGACACCAGUCCCUCAGAACGUCUGUUGGCUGGUUCAAGCCCAAAAUGCAGCAUCAACAUAAACUACCAGAGGGGCACCAACCAUUUUGAGGCAGCCCAGAAAAUGUUGGGUCAAAACUGUCUGUUCCCCCUUGAAGGGAUCCGUGGGGUUACUCACGAGAAUCACGUGGGACCUGAGAUGGCACGUAGACCAAAAGGGGAGAGGGGGCGUCAAAAUACUUUGGACAAAGGCCUUUGAGGUCCGACUGUGUUGAACAGAAACAGGAAGCAGAGGCAUGAAUGAUCAUGGUAGGUUCUCAAGACUAAAAACUAUCUAUAAGACAGAGGCAAAGCAUGAGGCAGAGACAAGGAGUCUCACUGAAACAUUUCACAAAUUACUUGAGUGUGCCAUUGGGCAAAGAGCUCUUGCCCAAUGUGUGUGGUGAAUACUCUGGGAGAAAAACAUUUCUGAAUUAGAGAAUGUCACUGCCCCUUCUUCAGCUCAUUCCUAUUAGCUGUAUCCCACUUUCAGAAAACAAAGGCACACUCCCAGGUAGAGAGAUCCCUGUGGAACCAGAAUGGAUCAGAGAUGUGGUUAUAACCUGUUUAACCAAAUGAAUGAUGUGGUUUUAGUGGCAAGGGUUUUCUCUAUAUUCUAUAGGAAGAAAACAAAUCCCAGCUGCCCACUGUCCCAUUACUGACUCCCGGUUCAUUUUGUAGUCUUGGAGAUACAGGAGAGGACCUAGAAGCCUAUAAGCUACUUACUCGUGCCCUCCAUUCCCAAACCUGGCCUUAGACAUCGACAUUUGUAGGGGAGUGUGCAUGUCUUUGUGUGUGCAUGUGAGUGUGAAUGCUGAUGGGUAAUCUAAUGGAAAUACAUGUAUACACACUCUUGAGAUCGUCUCAUCUGAUUUAUUUUUUUAUAGAUGCGAAAAAGUUCCUUAUAGAAAUAUGUGAUUUGCCAGUCUGCUUUGUCUUUACAUCCGAUGUGAAGCGUAUUUUCUGUAAGGUUUAAUGUCUUGGCACAGAAGCUGCCGUAACUGGAGGCUGCAGUCGAUUAUCUAUUAGAAUAUGAUUUUUUAACAGUAUUUUGCAAUCCUUUAUUUUCCCAUGUCAUGGUGAGAAUGGAUUAUACUUUCAGAUCUCUACUAGUGAAUACUCUUUAGGCAUCACAGUAUCAUUUCAAAAGAUGAAAGUGAAGGACCAAGAGUUUUUGAUAUAUGGGCUCACAUAAAAGCCAGAUCUAAUAGUCUUGUUUGCGGCAUAAAGUGCACAUUUAUGAAGCAUGCAUACACCCAACAUGUUUAGCAUACGGAAACAUAACGAUCUGUUUAUCCUUCAUAUCUUCAAAUAUAACAAAUACAAGGAAUUCCUCUAAUAUUUUUCUAAUGUUUACAGCAUUCUGACAUAAAGUUGAAGUUUCAGUAAGAGAUGUCCCGCAUGCAUUGGCCUUCCUCUUAACUACAUAAAAGCAGCCAAAGAUCACACAUGAAGAUACAUGUAUUAAACAGUAAAUGCAUCCAUCUCCACUCUAUACCUUAAGCUGUAGAAACAGUAUCUAUAAAAUAAGCUCUAACAGCACAAAAUAUACAAAACCAGGAACACUUUGCCAAAAAAAAAAAAAAAUCAGUUGUAAAUGCUAGAACUGUUGCAUGAGCACAGAAACACCCACAAAACAUACAUAAAGGUACUGAAGACAAUCUUCUGGAGACAUAGAUGUACUUAGUUUCCAUGGUGACGGCAGUUGUCGUCAAAUGCUGGCAGCAGCUAAGCAACGGUUUGUUAAUUGGGAUGGGGAAGGUCUGAUUGCAUGUAACAUAUGCCCACACACGUGUAAAAACUUACACAGAAAUACCCAGACGUAGACCUGUAAAACGACGCAGUAGUUACAUGUUAACAGAGCCACUCCUCACGCAUUCAUGACUACUGUAUAAACACAACUCAUGUUUACUGUUGAGCCAGUAGCAACCUACAAACCUGCACAUUUCUACAUAGUGUAAAUGUGUUUUCAUUUCUUGUCUGAGGAGCCCACAGUGCAUUCUCUGUCAUCUUUUGUUUAUGAUGCCAUACAGCUGAUUGAGACAUAGUUUUACAUAACAAAUACCUGAGCAACAGAAGAAUCAUUACAUUUGAGGACAAACCCCUCAGAAAGAAUAUACAGAGACAAAUGUACCACGUUUCCUGAGUAAAACAUAUGAUACAGUAGAAAUCCUCUUCAUCAUAAUCCCAGUCUUGAGUAUUUCAAUAUGUAUACAAUUUACCUUCAUUUGCAUCAUCAUGAUUCAAUUACAGAUCACUGCUCUUGCUUUAGUGUACAGGUAUAAUGUUUCUGUAAGAUUUAAGAGUAGGUAUGUUAACACUGAAAUGAAUCUCACUACCAACUAAGCAAAUUCUCACAGAUCAAUGACCAAGCUCGAAUCUUUUCAUCUCUAGUGUGCACAAAUCUCUAAAGGUUACAAGGUGAAAAAGAUGUUGAAAACUGCUGUAAAUGUAGGUGUUGAAUAAAACGUCAUUCAGAAGUCCAUAGAAGGUGACUGACAUAUAUUUGUAAGUGCUGAUGUUAAAAGUCUAAUCACAAACCCUGAUUUCAUUUCCUGUUCUAAUCACAGAAUUGAACCAUUUCAUAUUGCUCUCCCAUAGUGAGAGGAGCUGAGGUGUGAAUGGAAUAGCAAUGAAUGUGAGAGGCAGAGUGAGGCAUGUGUGCGUCUGUAUGUGUGUGACUGCUGUAAAGCCAGGGCAUUAGAGCAGUGUAGCUGCCAGUUAAUGGAGAAGAAUGAGCUGUUUCCGUUGUAUGCAUGCCAGGGGAUUCCUACUUUUGUUUCUCUAUAUUCUGUCCACAGUUUUUACUGUAAACACACAGCACUAGCAUAGAUUACAUUACAAAGAAAUUAUCAUUGGGGAAAUUAUGCUUAUAUAAGCAUCCCUUUAAUUUAUUUAGUUGUCAUUUACAGCAGAGGGGAGAGGUACGGAGAGGGAGGUGUAUGAUCAUAAAUCUUAUUUCUUUAUUUCUGAAAAAUGGAUGAGGUAAACAUAUGCAACAUUUAGCUGUCCUCAUCUGUUCCUGUAGUUAUUUUCAUACAUCACCUCAUUCUUUCCAUAAUGAAUCUCAGUAAAUCCUAAUGUUACAUCAUUAGGUGGGAGUGGCACAUGUUCAAACACCAUAAUGAAAAUAUGAUAACUGUAGGCUUCGGUUUAGCUGACUCACAAAUGAAACAUUUAUUUAUAAACCAGUCAAAAUCUGGUUCCUGUUCAGCUUGCAUUACUCAUGAUGUCAUGAAAUACUAAGGCCAAUGUAUGACAAAAGUGUCAACAUCUUUUACCUGUUACAACUAAAUGUGAGCACAUUUUGUGUAUAAACUAAAUUAGUCAGACCUUACAAAAAUAAGGAGGAUCAUGUUUUUUUUUUUUGCUAUAAUAAAGGGCAUUCAGAUUAGAAAAAUCUCACAAAGCAUCAGUAGAAGGUUUUUUAUAUUACAGUUGUCAGGGACCAUUUUUUCAUGAAAAUAUCUCUUAACAAUGAUGACAAUCAAUAGCUCAUGAAUAGGCAGCAAGCACUACUGACAGGAGCUGAGAUUAUGGGCAGAUGUUAAUGUGCAUACACACUUACACACAGUAUUUACAUCCCGGCACAGUAUUGAUGCUCUAAAGCCUUUAGAAAUGGAAGUUUAAAGUACCUUCAGGCAUGUUCUGAUUUGAUACUUAGACUGUGAUACUGUGACAUGAUACAUUACAAUAUAAAGCAUGGUCAUUUAUUUUUACAAUUCAUACCUUUGCCAUUUUAUUUGGGAACUUAACUUCCUUCCAUUUCCAAAUGAGCCAUCUUAAAAUAAGAAAUUAUAUAUCAUAAAAUAUCUUUUUUUUAUUUUAGUGAGAUCCCUGUGGAAUCAUUCCGAUGUGAGUCAAAGGACUAAACCAUCAUGCUUUAUGAAGAAAACAUAAUCAAGUCUUUUAUUUCUUAUUUAUUAAUGCACAUUAAGAUGAAGAGCACAGAUACUCAGACAUUUCCAUUAAAAAAGACUCCAAACUGUACAGUUAACGCAUUUAGUUUAAAGCAGAAUUUGGUUGUUGCUUUAGCUGCUAAAUUAAGUGUAAAAAGGUUGAAGUAUUUUUUUUUUUUUACAUCAUUGUCAGAAUCACAUAGAACCCUUUCAAGGACCCGAGGUAGUUUCCAAAACCCUGUGAGAACCACAGAUUUAGCAAGACACACUGAAUUUAACACUGUAUUACGGGGUUGGGGUCGAUUCAGGAUGCCUUGACGGAGUAAAACAGACAUUACACUCAACACUUAAGGGAGCCAAUGUUAGACCAUAACACAUUAAAACUAGUACAAAUUU